CUGCGGAGAUUGAGUGGGAGAGUCGGAGAGAGACAUGUAAGAGGACGCUGUGUCAACACUCAAGCGUCUCUGCCCAUCUGUCCCUCAUCGGUCUGGAAAAGCCAUGCUACUUUCUCGAUUUCCUAUAUAGACAUUGAUAGAUCUGUCUCUGUGACAGCUUUUCUUCGGUGCUCAAGAGAUGUAAGGAAAGGAACAACAAAACCCAGGUGGAGAAAUUGAAAUCUCAUACUUCCCUUUCUCCUGUGAAGUGAGAAAAUUAACAGAUCUCUUCAAAGAAGAUGAUAGGUGCAGCUAUACAGUGUUUCAUGGACUUGGUGGUAGCAGGGAUUUCCUUGAUGAUUGGUUUGGGAUUCUUCGCUUUCAUUGCUUCGAUUCUCUGCUCUGCUGCUUUUUUGCUUAAUGUCAAGGACGUCUCUUAAGGGAAUAAGAGGUAUUCGCUUUUCAAAUUGAUGUUGGGUAGUUCUGUGAAUAGAUCAAAUCAGCUUAGAAAUGAAGUUGCGGAGAGAAUUGCUGUUUUUCUUCUCCAGCGGCAGAGGGAAGUUGAUGUAGAUUUCAAUUUUUUCAGGCACCGCAAGGGGAACCAGAAGAGAGGAAUCAGAAGGGCCUAGGCGUGCUGCAGAGAAAAAGACGAAGACCCUUAGAUCAGCAAUUUCUAUUCUACCUCUGCAUGUUCUUUAGUGCAUCAUAGAUUUUGCUUGUUAAACUAGUAUUACUCUAAUAUUCACAAGGCGGCAUAUUGGGAGUCUCUUCGGUACCUGUAAAACCCUAUUCUUUCAGGGAAAACUCUCCAAAUAGCUAAUUUGUGUAUUUGAUAUUGUUCUAACAUGAAUUGACAUGAAACAUCUUGCAGUUUA